UUUCACUUAUACCUCAUUAUAUUUUUAGUCCCUUUUUACCCCUCUACCCUAAAAGUCAAGCAAAAACCAACAUUCAAGCUUUAUCACUGUUGCCGCUCACGUCCUCUGCUCCGACAACCUCCCACACCUUCUGUUUAUACUCCACCGACCACCGAUGAAUGUCGAAUCCUCAACGUCAACCGACAACCCUCCGUCUAAUCUCAAUUAGACUUUCUCUUGAUUAUGCCGACUUGGUCAGAUCUAUUGCGUUUCUCUUCAAUUACAACAGAUCUCAACAUAGAACAAGAAGUUAUAAUAUUGCGGAGGCAGCGAUGUGGCAGAGGCAGAAAGCGAAGCGAAAACCAAAUAUUUUUUGUUGCGACGGUGAAGAAGAGAUUGGGCUUCUCUGCUUUUGAGAUAACGAAGACAGUGAUCAUCUCCAUGAUGAAUACAAAUCUGAUCCCGGAGAUGACAUUGUUGAGACAGAAUGAGGAGAUUCUAGUGAAAAUGGUUACGAUGAAUUGGCUAAUGUUUGGUGAUCCUCAAUCUUUCUUUUUUGUUCCCCUCUUCUCUAGAAGGCAGUUCAAUUGCAUGGAUGCUCAAAUUUUUGCAUCUAAGGACAAACUUGUAUGCGUGGUACACCUCAUUAUGUGUAUGGAAGGAUGUGAGCAACUUUUUUUGGCAAAAAUACCUGUUGAACUGAUGUAAUUUUCUUACAUAAAACCAAUGAAAUUUUGAAGUUGUGUUUGCUUCAUGCCUUGAGUUUGAGAUAGGCACUUUAUCCUUAUAUUAUAUGUAUGUGAUUGGUAUUUUUUACAUAUAAUUAUGU